CCCGGACUCCUCCAAUCACACCCUCCCUCCGUGCGGCGGGGGGGGGAGUCCAGGACCGGAGACAGGACCCGACCAACUUCCACACUCACCACAGGAAAAGUCAGGAAAACACUUCUACCCCCGCAUGACGCCGUUCCCGUCGCCCUGCAUGUGUUUUUGAAGCUGCUACGGUGAACGUUAGCAGGGCAGCGGUUCGCCGGAGCGCCGCUGAAGUUGUUGCCGCCACUUGGCCGCUGUUGUGGGCGGUGUAGCAGCGCUGCAACGCUGGGACGCUUCACUGCGAUGGAGAACAUUUACUGACCGGAUUUGGGAUUGUUUUUCUUGGAUUUCUUUCCAUUAAAUCGACUCGGUUGGUAUUUUCUUGCUUCCUCCGGCUGUGUGGAGUAUUAAUUUCUGGGGAAAAUGCCUGGAAAAACCAAGUACAACCUCGUUGAUGAUGGGCAUGAUUUGAGGAUCCCGUUGCACAACGAGGAAGCAUUCCAGCAUGGGAUCAACUUCGAGGCAAAGUAUAUCGGCAGUCUGGAUGUGGCGCGGCCGAGCAGCCGAGUGGAGAUUGUGGCUGCGAUGAGAAGAAUACGGUAUGAGUUCAAGGUGAAAAACAUCAAGAAGAAAAAAGUCAACAUUGUGGUGUCUGUAGAUGGGGUGAAGGUCAACUUGAGAAAAAAGAAAAAAAAGAAGGAGUGGACGUGGGAUGAGAGCAAGAUGAUGGUGAUGCAGGAUCCCAUUUACAGGAUAUUUUAUGUGUCUCAUGACUCCCAAGAUCUGAAGAUCUUCAGCUACAUUGCCAGAGAUGGACAGAGCAACGUCUUUCGCUGUAAUGUCUUCAAGUCCAAAAAGAAGAGUCAGGCCAUGCGCAUCGUUCGGACAGUCGGCCAGGCAUUCGAGGUUUGCCAUAAACUGAGUCUGCAGCAUACACAACAAAACGCAGAUGGACAGGAGGACUGCCACAGCGAAAAGAACGGCAAUGACUCCAUUGCAGGCGUGCGUGCUUAUCCACCUGUAUGUGUGUGUACUUUCCUCGGCUCAGCUCGUGAGCUAACAGGCACGGAGAAGACGCCGACUGUUGCCGAGGAGACUGAUAUCGAUGCAGAGGAGAUGAAUCAGGUGACGGCAGCCGAGGAGUUAAACCUCAAUAGAGGAGUGACUGAUCUGGACGCCACAGCCAAGACACCUGACCUGAACCAUGCAGAAAACAAGGCUUCAGAAGAGGCUUCUCUGCUGUUGUCCAGCCCGAGGAUGCUGCUCCCAGCGUCAGGCACGCUGCCACCCGGUGCCCCCUUGUCUGUCCACCACCAGAUCCAACUGCUUCAGCAGCAGCUCCAGCAGCAACAGCAGCAAACACAAGUGGCUGUGGCACAGGUCCAUCUCCUGAAGGACCAGCUGAGUGCCGAGGCCACGGCUCGUCUGGAGGCGCAGGCUCGAGUCCACCAGCUGCUGCUGCAAAACAAAGACCUGCUGCAGCACAUCUCCCUGCUGGUUAAACAGAUCCAGGAGCUGGAGACCAAGAUGUCUGGACCAAAUUCCAUGGGAUCCCAGGACAGUUUGUUGGAGAUCACCUUCCGGUCCACUGUACCUCCAGUGAUCUGCGACCCCACAACACCUAAACCCGAGGUGUCAGCCCUCAACCUGACCACACUGGGCACCAGUGAUGGGACCAGCAACGCAUUUUCAUCUUCCAACGGGACUCUGGGAAGCCCACUAGGUAGGGACCAGUGUCUACUCAAACUGGAGUGUUUCCGUUUCCUCCCAGGACCCCCAGGGCCUCCACCUCCUCGACUCCUUUCGCCUCCCCCACCACUCAAGACUAACAGGCCAGAGAUAAAAGAUCAAGAGGUGUCUGAGGGUCCAGCAAAGCUGUUGUCUCACGACUUCAAAUCACUGGGCUGCCUGGAAUUCGCCAGGUUUCGUGAGUCGGGUAUCGCCUCGGAGUAUGAGUCGAACACAGACGACAGCGAUGACAGGGAGGAUGAGGAUGAGGGGGAGGACGAGGACGAGGAGGAGGAGAUGGAGAUCUUUGGCUGGGGAACAGACGAGGAGACGUUGAGGCUGCUUAAUGUCCUCAACAGACAGGGAACUCCCGACUGUCUGGGAGAUGAAAUAGCGGUGUAACGUUUUAACCUGCCCCUUGUGAAGAAUCCUACUGUCAAGAUAAAAAGGAGAAGCCUUGACCUAUUUUUCCAAUCACUUCAAACUACUCUGUAAGAAUAACAUGUAGUGACCUAACCUCUGUCAGAUGCGCACAAAGAGAUAUAUACCAGGUAAAAAUGGACCACUAUUUUUAGAUAACAAACCGCACACCUCUGAUUUUCAUUUGCAAUUUAAUACAUGGAUAUCAGAUAUUGUAUCAGAUAUCAAUACAUAUUGAGGACUCACACCUUAAGGUGCCUUCAGCUUGAACCUGAAGCGAAUUUUGAAAGCUGCAAUUACUCAACAAGUUAGCUCACAUUCAGACAACUUGAGGCCUAUAUGAGAAAACACCACCCUGUUUGUCAUUUGAUUGAAGUGGGUACAUUAAAUCAGUGGGGUUACCAGCACAGGAGUCAAGGCAAAAGAAAUGAACCGAGCAAAGGUGCUGCAUUGGCCACUUACACAGAUGCAAUGCCACAUUCUUGGUAUUUACUUUGUACCCUGAAUGCUGCAUUUUUGCUGGUCAUCUUUAAGUUAUUACAGUAAAAGAUUCUGAAAAAAAAAAGUUGCUGCCAUGAUGUUCCUAGUUGUGAGUAUUUCAAACUGUGGCAGUGUUUUAGGUUUUGAUAAGCCUUCAGAGGGUCGAUGUGUUCCUCUUACUGGACGUCCUGGAUCAAGCUGUUAAUUAUCCUGGAUUAAUGUCUGUCUGAAACAGCCCACUAGGCUUUUUUACUGCAAGCUGUUUUCGGUCUGAAUCCCUACUUAAAAGGACUUUUGCACAAUAAGUAAAUAAGGACAUUGUAAACUGAGGUGAAAAAUCAACUUGAGUAGCGAGAUGUCAGACUACAUAUUCUUUUUGGCAGGGCAUCAGAGGACAGACUAAGCCUUAAAUCACUCAAGCAUUCAUAAAAUUAGCUUUCUGGAAAAAUGUUGAAAGUGUUCAGUCACUGCAGAGCCCACAGUGUUGUUAGCAAAUAUUCAGAUGGAAGCAUUUUAAUGUUGAAGUGUAAAUAACAAUGUACAAUCUAUUUAUUUUCUGAUAAGGCAUUAAGAAGCUUGCUUUCCCUCCAUUGAGGUUGUAUUGUCAACAUUCGUAAUUAUUGCAGUUAUGUUUUUCUAUGUUCCUGGCUUUGGGACAUACAUUUUUAACUUGAUACAAAAAUUAGUGCUUGCCUCAAAUCUAUAGGACAACAUUAAUGUACAGAUCGAGCAAGAGUCUAAAUGCAAAACGAGAUGAAACUGAUACCAGUUUCAGUCUGAGUCCUGUCAUGCUGCUAACCUGGGUGUAUAUCAGUGUCCCAUAUGUUGUCAUUUUGUUGGCAAUGAAUACAGAAUUCAUUUUAAGUGGAUUUAAAGGGAAAAAUGAGAUAAGAAGAUUGGAAUUUGCUUCACAUUCAGUCUGAAGACACCUUAAGAAUGUUAUUAUGACCUUAUUACUCUUAGUCGGUUCCACCUCAAAUGCAAGUCUCAAGAGACCACUGUUUGAAUCUAAUCUAUAUGCAUACUCAUGCAUAUCCUCCUCUUCCUUAAAACCUGUUAGCCUCCUUUUCUUUUGCCACUUCUCUUGAUUACACACACAGACAUCUUAUCCAUGUAUAAACACACUCACUUACAUACAGCAUCAUUAGUAUUCAGGAGCUUAGUUGAAAAAUUUUCCCUUGUUGCUGAUAGAAAUGUGAGUCUGCACUGAUCCCUGUCAUGUUAUGUCAUGGAGAAGUCAGGACUUAACGUGAAAUCAAACCAAAAGCUAAACUAGCUGCUGCGGUUUGAAAGUGUACAUAUACAUUAUCUGCUUUAGGUAAGUUCAGGGGCAAGCCUUCAAUUUGUCAGGCCUGGGAGUGUAGCUGACAGCCAUGCUGACAGGAAGAAGGCGACAGGACUUGGGACUGAUUAGCUCUCAUCCUUGCUGAAGUGCAAAGUGACUUUUCUCAUAAUGAAAGAUCGACUCUUGGGCCCAAUUUUUGGAGGAUCUUUGUUACUGUCUCUUUGUUUGGAAAAGGAAAGCCCUUUCUUACUCUGUUAAUAUUUAAUGAAAGACUAUUUUUCGACAAAAAUCUCCAUCUGUAUGUACAAACUUUGUUUUUUUACGUCAUCCCUCAGAACUGUUGAACUGCUCCGUCAGUGACUCCGGCAGGCAGCCCUCUUUUUGUCUCCUCACAAUUUGUUGACUUGGUAGUCAAAGCAUGUUUGCACUCUUUUCACUUGUCCACACAUUUUCCCACUUUUUAAUUUAUGUAAAGCUGGGAUUAGUUGGACCUCGAGCAACGCUGUUUGUUUCUUUUAUUCAUCCCAUAAACAAAAACUCUUCCCUCGUGCCAGAAUAGCGGCUCACGGAUGACAGCCAAAAGUGGUCUCGUUUGUUAAAACCCAGCUCUGUGUAUGGCCUUCAGGCACAAUGCAGUAUUAAAGUAUUCAUUUUGUUUCACAAGGAAAGCCACAGAGGUUUCAUUUUGUGUACUGUAGCCUCAGUUUAUCAGAGCAGCACUCCCGUUGAAUCAAUGCAGUCCAGUAGCUGGCAAAAAUAGAUGCUGCAGAGAUUUAAAGGGGAAUCAGGCCAAAUCUCAAAAUGCUCAAUAUCACAGAGCUUCAGCCUGAUAGGAUCAAACCAAUCAGUGAGAGUCCAGCCCAAACAGACUCUCAGUUAGCCACCUGCCAUCUGAAGGUGUUUGUAUUAAAGGCUAAGAGAGAUUAAAUCUGAAAUGUUAUUUCUCUAAUGUUUGUGUGGAAAUUUGUGCAAAGCCAGUUUCACACAAGAACUAAGUGCAUUUCUUAGUAACACAAAACCUUUCCGACGGAGACUGUAGACAUUUAAUCAUAAGUACAGAUCUUCACACGUACACAUUUUGGGCCUGAUCCAAAGCACAACUGUAAAAAAACCUGCAAGAAUCUGACAUGAUAGAGUCUAUUUCUUAAAAAGAGUUUCAGUCCGAUACUGACUCAUGAGGCAGUUUUUCACUGCAGGUAUUGGCUGGCUGUUUAGGACGGCCCAAACCUUUCUGGAUGUUCCAACUGCAAGAACUGCACUUGUGGUUUCAGGUCCAUUUUCAGGGAAGAAAAAAGUUUGUAUAUGAGGGUGGUUACUUCUUAGUGACACUGCUGUGUGAGUGUCAGCACUGAUUGGUUAAACUCAGAGAAGACAAAUGCUGAUUGGUUAAACUUGAACAGGACAACAAGCUCCGUUUUUCUCUCAUGUAAUAGUCCUCUUCUGUCUAACAUUGCCAUCUUCAAUCUAAAAUUCACUAUAUAGGCUAACAUGACAGCCGUCCAUUGUUCUAUUUCCUGUAUGCUCAUAGGGCUGGAGUUAUAUUCUUUAACUACUAUUUCGUUUUGUUUUGGUGGACUUCGAGUUAAUGUUGCAGUCAAUGUGUCAGAUUCUACACCGCAACAGGAACAGAAAGGCUAAAAAGCCAGAUCAGGAGGCCAUUCUUGCACCUUCCUUAAGUUCCUGCAGUGGGAAGCUGCCUUUGGAGACCCAGAACCGAUUUGAAGUGUACCUGAAGCUAUUUGUCCAAUUAAGUAGGACUUGGAAAGAUUCAAACACAGUAAGACCAACACCAACACAGCAGCAGUAAAGUAUGCCAACAAAUAACAAGUAGCUAUGGUUAAAGAGUAGCCAGACUUUCCACAAACUCCAUCUUUCCUCAAAAAACAUUCUUGUCCUGUGAUAAAGAACAAAACUGCUUGGAUGCAUCUUUGCUGUUUAAACAAGACAAGAAAUUAUGGGAGAUAGAUGGAGAAUAACAUACAGGAAAGAUCCCUGGCCAAACUUCCCGAUUCCAUAUCGACAUCCACUGCUCUCUGAAGGAAUUUCUAUCAACCACUCGCUUUUCUUUUUACACGAUUGACCGACAGGAAGGACAGAUCCCACGUGAGUCAAACCAGCAGCAGUAUGAAGGAUGUCCUCUCCGCUAGAAGCAAUCUCUCCACAUCUCCUCACAUCAUCUCCUUUUCCCCCUUUCCUUGUUCCUGUUUCUUUUUCCUCUGCUAUUGAAUAAGAUGCUGAUUUAAAUCAUUUUAAUCAUGUUUCAGUCUCUAAUGCAAUCAACAUCAGACAAUGCGAUUAAUUAAUUGUAAUGAAUCAGCUCUACAACAUAUUCAGACCUGCUGCACUAAAUGUUCAGCUAAACCUCCGCACUGAUUUGUCAAUAAUUUAAAAAGAUGUCCCCCGUCUCAUGAUUCAAAAAUUACAUUUAAUCAAACAAUGAAUCACAUUAUCAGGAAAGAAAUUACUUCAUUAUCAGGCUCAAUCACAUUUUUGAUUCAUGUAGAGAGGUUACCUUCAAGCCCAGAGACGGACUGUCUGGAGACAGAGUAUUAUGAGACUGAGAGUGUGAAAGCGGUAUCAGUAAGGUAUUGUUCUGAGGUACUUAUCUCCUCCCUCUCAUGGCCUCAAAUCACAAAUGUGAUCAUUUGAAACAGACAAAGGAAGGCAGAGACAGGUUCUGUGGUGUCUGACAGAGCCCAGUGGCUACACAACCCUCAUUCAGCCUGGUAAGUUGCCAUCUCUCCUGAGGUUGAGGAGGCUACUGCCCAGACAAUAAAGAAUCCUUUCCAACAACAUAUAGUCAACACAAAAAAAGUCUGGGAUGUCACAGAGACGUCAACAAGGUUUUUGUUGUUUUUAACGGUUUCCACUACCAGUCAAAUGCAAUACUUGUGCAAUUUAGCAGUAGUUUGGUGCUUAAAACUCAAAAGUGUAUCCACAUCAAUUCUGUGAACAGAAUAUGCAUACAGAACCAAAGAUAUGUAAAAUAUAAUAUCCAACAAGUUAUUUGCGCUACAGUUGUAAUGAUGGUUCAAAAUAUUUAGUAAUUACACAAAUAUUUGUAGCUUCUUAUGCCUAUGUACCAAAAUGUGUUUGGUCUCAAAAGACCAACUAUAGGCACAAGACUUUCCAAACUACUUCAUCCACGUUUUAGUUUGUGAUGCAACAAACAUCACUUCACUCACAUGCAAUGAAGAUUGAAUGACCAAAAAAAAAAAUUAAGUAUUUUUUAGAGCAAAAAUGCAGAAACUUCUCCUGUACCAGCUUCUUUUUCAUAGUGUUCUGUGACAGCACACUGAAUAUCCUUGGCUGUUGGACUGAUAGUCAGGUGGCACAUUAGGCUCUGGGAAACUGUGAUGAGCAUUUAUCAGUGUUUUGUUUUUGUUUUUUGUUUUUUUGCAUUAAAGUAAAACAGUUCACCAGUAUAUCUCAGGGCUGCAUAUAGAGAGAAACAAUCACACUCACAUUCACAGCUAUGGACAGUUCAGAAUCACCACUUAACGUCAGCAUGUUUUUGGACUGUGGGAGGAAGCCAGAGUAACCGAAGAAAAGCCACACAUGCACAGGGAGAAUAUGCAAACUCUAUGGAGAAAGAUCCCAGGCCGGGAUGCGAACCAGGGAUCUUCUAGCUACAAGGCUACAGUGCUAACCACAAAGCCACUGUGCAGUCCCCCGCAAUUAAUCACUUAUUCAAAUUCCUGCCACUUUUUGAGAAAACAUAGCUUCUGUGCCAUUUCAAAUGUUCCAGGUAAUUUUCUCCUACUUUUAAUUUUUGUCCUAGAGUGUUCGAAACAGCUGAUGCAGUAGUUCUGUAAUCAGCUAUCUACUGUGCAGCCCAAGUAAAAAACAAAUAAAUAAAUGAAAUAAAUCAAUUGAAAGAUCAUUCAGCAAUGAAAUUAAUUGCUAACUAGACAACUGUUGAAUUUUGGUAGAUUUUAACAAUUCCCUUUCAGCAGUUAGUCAAACAUUAAUUGCUUUAAAAUAUUCAUCCCAUCUGUCUUUUCCUGGUGGUACAAUGAUAAAUAUAAGGAAACUUUAAAGUUUUCUUUUUCUGCAUUUUAUGUUCAUCUUGGAACCACUGCCACAUCAAAAGUAGCAUUUCUUCAUUCUAAACCUACCUAUGGAUGCUGGUCUGAUUCUUCAUUCUCUGGGGUCAAUAGUCUCUCACUGUCUUUUCUCCUUUAUUUUGUAUCUUCUGUAUUUCUAUCUCUUGUGCUUGGCCUUAACCUUGUUCUACUGCCAUCUCUUCAACCACACUUUUUCUCAAAGCUCUCCAAUAUACUGUAUUUUCUCUUGGUGCUCGUAUUUAUUAGCGAUUCAUGUUGCAUUUUGCGAAAAAAUAGUACAGCUUAGCCUUUCACCUUGACAGAGAGGUUAGUAAUUGCUAUGUGAAGGAUCUGUGGAGGAGAAAGAGUUAUGAGACACAGCAUUUCAAAAUGUUGACUAAUAUUUCACCAUCUGUUCAGAGAUUUAUGGACUCAGAGGCAGGGGCUGGGUAUUUGUGUAGCAGGUUCAGUACAGUCUAAAAGUUAGAACUGAUUCCAUCUUUCUUAACUAGUUAUUGAUUAAGACUCUAAUAAAUUUAUGGGGUACAGAUAAAUUCUGGAGAGAAAAGAAAGUGUGUGUAUUUCUGGCUUCUUAUGUGCAAAUAGUAUAAGAGUAAGGUCAUUUACCACACUCCAGUGUCAGCAGACAGCUUGGACAACUGGCUGAAUCUUAGGAUCCAGCGGUCUCUCAGACAGUCUGCUAAUGACAAUCAAAAUAGUCUCUGUUUGAUCAUCUUUGUACAUUCAUUGUCCUCUUCUAACCAAGUUUUUCUUUCAUCAACUACCUGAAAAACUGGAUUUUUUUCCUAAGGUGCUGUCCAUACUGUGAGACUAAACUUACUUUCAAAGUAACUUAUUGACACAACUAUAAAUUCCUUACAUUUUUUUAGCCUCUGUUGACUCACCAUUGUUUUUCUCCGUGUGGACUUUUUUAAAAUGUGUCAUUUAAAAUGACAACCUGUCUGAAGCCCCCUUAAAAUUAGGAAGUUUCUGUUGGCCUAGUUGUUUUGUACUAUACUAAGCAGUAUAUUUUUUCCUCUGCUGUGUGUAUCUUGGCCUCUGUAUUGUAAGUCCACCAGGUCCUCAGUUCACAACGUCCUCGAUCUUUGGCGUUUCAUGGUUACUUCGCUGCCUUCCAUAAUUCAUUAAGAAAGUCUUCUUCCAUCAUUCUGACGUUCGCGUCGUAAAACAAAUUUCGCACGGGAACUAGUUGGUGAGCGGAAUGGACAAAUACAUUGUCCCGCAGCGUUAUACGAGGAAGACGGCUUUGUUGGCAUUUGCCGGUUGUGCCCCACAUUGCAUUGUGCUAAUCCAUUGUGGCUAAGGAAUUGUUCUCUUUUUUAAUUUAUCUUUUUAUUUUUAAUGUACAGUGUAUGUGAGUUCCGACUUAUCAUGAAAAUCGCGUUACAUCACGCUGUAGAAAUGGAAUUCCUAUGAAAGUCAAGGACCCCCUGUAUUUCUAUGAGUUGCACUUGAUGCAUUUUAAUAGACUUUACGCUGUAUAACGUUUACAUGUGAUGUAGCUGUUGUAUGUUGCAGUCCAUCAACAAAGCAGGGCCACUUUAAGCAUGUAUUGUAGAGGUACCCCUUCUUGUUCCACCUCUUGGCUGGCACUGCCUCUCUGUCCAUAAAUUGAUCUUAUACUGAUCUUCAAGAGGAUCUAUGAAGAAUUAAGUUUAACUCUCUUGUAUCUGCAGACCCUAAGCUAUAAACUACAAAUUCUGGUCCUAAAUCUUUAUCUUUCUCUCAGUUUGUCUUUCUCACACACUGUGUGGUUUCCUCCCUCCUGCCAGAAUUAAUUAAAUCUCCAAAGGGACUUGUCUUUGCCAUCUGAAGGCCACAUUGCCAGCCAGUCGGACCGAGCAGCUCAGGGUUUGACGACUUGCAUUGAUUUCCCCAUCACAGGCGUGUGUUGUUUGAAACUGGGGUUAACUACUGGGACAGCAAGGGAGCAGUGAAUCAAUACCCAAUGCACAGCUCAGUCUGUCACCUGCAGAGGCACACUUCUAAACACACACAGGUGCACGUAUAGCAGGCUCAGACUUAGCCAAGCGAAGCCUAGCUCACACCUAAAUACAUUGAAUAUCUGCUCAUUGGCUGUGACAUGUACGGUUCAGUCUAUAAGGAGUACAGCUAUGACACUUUUUCAUUACUUUGGUCCUGUACUCCAGCAAAUUGGAUUUGAACUUUAUAAUGAGGGUAAAUUGCUGACUUUAAAUUUCAACACUGUUUGAGGAUGUACACAGCUGUGUUGGCUGACCCAUGUCUGACUCUGAACAAUUCAGAAAAAAAUUAUUCUAAACGUACACCAGUCUGCCACCACUUUAAAACCAUUUGCCUAACAUGGUGUUGUUCGCCCUCAUGAUACUGAAACAGCUCUAAUCAGUUGGGGCAUGAACACAGGGCCUCUAGGGCUAUCCUGUGAUGUCAGACACUGGGACAUUGGCAGUGGAUCCUUUGGGUCCUGGGGCUUGGAUUGGUUCAUCUGUGGAUCAGGACUGUUCUGGCACAUUGCACAAAUGCUGGAUCAGAUUGAGAUCUGGUGCGUUUGGAGGUCAAGCCAACCCCCCAGGCUCUUGGUCAUGGUCCUCGAGCUGUUCAGGGGCAGUUUUUACAGUCUCGAAGAGCACGUUGUCCUGCUGGGGGAGGAUCUGCCAUUAGGGAAUGCAAGUGCCAUGGAUGGGUGUGCUUCAUUUGCAGAAGUAUUUGGACCCAAAGUUUUUCCAAUAGAAUGUUGCAUUUUAAUGAGGUGAUUAAUGUUAUAGACUUCGCAUAGUCAAUGCUUUUAAUAUGUGGUUGACUGGUGUUCACACAGAACAAUCAGAAUCUUUUCAGAGAAACCAGUACAAUGUCGUUGAGUGAUCUGCUUGUCUCCUGACCUUAGUCCAGAUGAUGAUGUGCUUCACUGCUGAACACCAGACUGAAGGUAAAAGGUUUUAAGCCUGAAUGAGAGCAAAUACCUUCAGAUUCCAAAAUCUUGUGAAAAUCUUGAAACCAGUAGUGACAAUGACAUGUGGGUAUAAUGUUUAGGUGUCUGUGUAAUUGUUGGCGUCAUUCAUGCAUCUAUUAGUGAAGUGCAACUUGGGACUGCACUCUGUGUCUGUGCAGGUUACCCAACAAGACCUUUCAGUGCCAGCAGUCACAAAUUAAGUUCAUUCAAGGGCAAGGUCAGUUUUUCAAAAUAUAAGAAAUAAAAUAUACACAGAUAAAAUUACAAUUUGUUCCAACAUGACUAGGCUUGUAAGGCCACAGCUUCAAAAUAUUGUAUGUGCAUACAUGAAAAUACUGCUUAUAUUAAACGUUUGUCAGUUUUAGAUACCGCCACAUAUUUAUUAUGUCCAGGUCUCUUAUUAUGUUCAAGCUCUUUGUGUGUGUAUCACAUAUAGCUGCAAAGAGCUGCAGAUUAUGUACGAAGUGUGUCGUGAGCCUGUGAAGAGUUAGCUGAGGUUGUUUUGUUAAUGUGAAGUAGUGCUGAUAGAGACAUGGGGAGUUAGUGGGUCACACAUAAACAAGCACAACAGACGAUCACGGUGCACAAAUUAAUGACUGUGUUUGUGCCAGAAGACCCGAGGGAGUAAAGGAUUUUAAAAGCUGAGCAAUUAAUCCCUUGGCCUCAGCAUAUGUGAAGAGAACCAACAGGACUCCAUCAGAAAAGAUUCACACUAACUAACCUUAUCAGUUUAGUAGGCAUGGUUAGAACACAACACUGAAUUAAUUAGUUUACAUGUCUUUUUUAUUUGUCUCUCUUAUGUUAGCAUCUGGACCACUGGUGUGCUUUACUUACAUUGUGUGUCCAUUCAGUUUUUUGUAACUAUAGUCUGCUAGUGCUAUCAUACAUUGACAGUUCCUAGCUGCAUUUUCCCACUGGGCCGGUGGAUUUGAAGCACUCUCAUCUCUAACCUCCUGCUUGCUGCAGCACAGUCAGAUUAUACUUCACUGUGGAAGUGUUCUCUUCCAUUUGUCUCACCAUUCACACAAACAUGCACGCACAUUUGGAGGCAGUAGGGACUUCAGCAAAGCCAAGCUCAUGUUCAGGCUACAUUUCUGCUGUGCAUUGACAUCUGGAUGUAGUGGCAAUCUGCUUUGAUGUUCCCAUGAUGCAGAGCUUGAGGCCAUGCUGAGCAGCAGCUUGGCAUGGCACAUAAUCUGGAACAUGUGGAGCUCCAUAUGUAAAGGGCUAAAAGAGCGAACUGAUCUUGAAUCACAGCACAGCUGAAGGCCUGUCUCAGCCACAUCUGUCCGUCAGCCCGUCUAUUUUGUCCCAUCUCUGCCCUUUUUCUGCUGCUUCCUUUGUGUUUCUUUACAAAUGCGCUUACAAAAGCAAGCUGAAGAAUGUACCACGCACACUGAAUAUAUAAUGGAGGUGAAAGUCAGCAUCAACCUCAAAGAAAACAACUCCCACUGAGGGAGACAGGAGCUGAACAAGAAAGACAGGAGACACCUUUGAUCAUUUUUAACUUUUAAUCAGAAAUAACUUAACUUUAUUAGUGUUUGAUGUGUCAUUAGGCUUCAAAAUAGGAUGCACUUAGAUGCAUUGAAGCCUCAAGUUUUUUACUAUAUCCUUAUAAACUGAAAUUGCUCAGCCGUGUUGAACUCUCAAAAAGCACAGUGUGUUUCGCUUGUGAGGCCCUUCACGGUUUUGGUUAACUGCCUUGUUGCUGUAAUGGCUGACGGGCUGUGCAGCUGUCCACAUACUUGUUUGUACUUUGGCUCUGCUGUUUUUUUGUGGCUUAGGUCAUGUCUUUAAUUACAGUGAAAGGCACCCUCAGUGUUACAGGGUACAGCGAUAUUUAUAAUGGACUCUUUCUAACUUGUGGCAGCAGUUUGGUGAUGCCCAUUUCUCCUCUUUCAACAUGGCAGUGCCCCUGUGCAGCCUGUUACUUAGAGAAAUAUCAGUUUUCCUGGUUUGAUGUUGAAGAACUUGACAUGCUUGCACAGAACUCUGACCAUUAACAACAUCCAACUAUGACCUGUGAACAGGAACACUGACUGCUUGCUACGCUUUGUCACCAUCCAGCAUCUGUGUGAGUUUCAAAGGCAUGUUCCCUUUUUAAAAAAUUGCCAAACUUAUUCAAUUUAUCAGAGCCAGAAACUGUAACAACAAGAAGAAUCAUUUGAUUUUCCAACAGUCUUUGAACUGAUCAUCUGUUAUGUCUGGCUCCGUCAGAAAAAAAAAGCCAGUUUUCAAACUUAAACUUAAAAUCGUGAUAUUUCUUCCAAAUCACUUUAUUAGUCUGCCAAGAAGGCAGAGCCUUGGUGGAGUUAUGUGAUGAUUGGUGUUGGUUUGUCUGUGUGUUUGUCUGUCUGUCUUUCUGUUAGCCACAUUCCUCAAAAACAGACUGAUGGAUUUGGAUGAAAUUUUGAGGGAAGGUCAGAAAUUACACAAGGACCACCUGAUUAGAUUUUGGCAGUGAUGCAGCUUAUAGUCUGAAUCCAUGGAUUUUUUAAAAGAUUUCUAUAUCAUUGCGACAUAGCGGCACAGCGUCACUGUAACCAUUGACAACUGAACACUACGUCAGCUGCCUGCUGACGAUCACAUGAUUGCGAUCCUACUACAAAUCCAUCGCUGCGGACUUAUCAGGACUUAUCCUUUGGAAAUGAUAGAAGGAACAUUUGAUUAAAUUGUGGGGGUGUUUCCGAGUCCCAUCAGUUCCCGCCACCUGCUACAUAUUUAGGUCACACAAUUCGGAAUCCGUACAUAACGUACACAUGCAUAACACACGCCUGUGUUCAGAGCAAGGUCAUUUUGUUUGUGGGUACAUCUGUAUUAAAUGGCCACAUUUUAUGGUGCCAUGAUUUCUGGCACAAAUUUUUUCAAGAUUUCAUUCGUACUAAAUGAUAUACGACUGAGCAGCCUUAGCGAAGUACUGCUCUCUCUGAGUGCUUCUCUUGUUCUACAUGUUUACAUUUAUAUUAAAAAAAUCAUAAUAAAGAGCAAAAAUAAACCACUUGCACCAGAUCCUGUGAAAAGCAAAAAAUUCUGUACUUCCCAGCACAACUGAUUAGCCACAAUUCAUUCAGUUGCUCACAACAAUCAUGUAAAUUCUGGGAUGAGUCAGGUUAACUUCAGGCUGUGCUUCCACAGAGCAAACAGGAGACAAAUACAGAGACAACUUACAGAAACUGAGAGUGAAAUUAAACAUACUUAAGCAGUAAGAUAAAUCCAGCAUGUCUAAAAAGAAAACAAUAACAGAGCCGUAAGUUGAUUGAAGAUACAUUCAGCAUGAUAAAAUGUUAUUGCUGAGUUGAUUUGUAGAGUAAUUUGAAAAAGUGAUAUAUCUAGAAUAUGGAGAGACAAUGUUUUUUCCUGGUCUUGUUAAAUCUGUGAGCAGUUGGAAAAAUGUUGUACAUUUUGAUUCCGGCUUUUAAAUUUUUUUCAUGUUUUUUAAGAUUUAUGCCAUUAUAACCUUAUUCUACUUUACACAAGACAUUUUUUAGUUCUCUCUUUUAAAGUCCUUGUGUUUCCACAAAGGUGCUGGACUUCAUAUUGCAGUGAAAAAUGAGGCAGGAGCAAAAGAUGCCCAGAGAGGGCUUGGGAUUCAGAGGAUUUUGUUCAUGUUUGUUCUGGUGUCUCAUCAAACUUGUAGCCACGUAGUCCACCUAAUUAUUCCUGCAAUAAUAACCACAACCCUUAACAAAGGCUAGAUGAGUAACGAGUACUAAUCAUGACAUUCCUAAUUCAUCGAUUAAAAGAUCCAGUCCUAGCAUCAUUAUUUCACUUUUUACAACUGUUCUUACUAACAUGGAUCAAAACCACACAUUCUAACACAAAGAAAAAUGACACCAGGGCAGCCUGGAAUGAUGGGCACGUUAUUUUCUCGCUGUCUUGUUUCCUUUGCUGCUUCUUUUAUGGCUACACUUGUUCUUUUGUCUCUCAGACAGUCUCACAAUCUCCAGGGAGCUGUGGGGUCAGACAGACAGUGAUGUGGCAAAUGGCUGAAUGAAUUAUUGAUCUGAUGACUUGGAUACAGAGGAGACUGAAGGCACCCAAACAUGUCUCGCUAUGACCCACUGUCCUCUAGUCUAUGCUCUGCAUGCUCUGACUCUUUAUUUUUUAUCAACCGAGAGGGUUUCUGGGGACAUUUAUUUUAGCAGUGCAGUUACCUUCCAGUUUUGUUCAAUGUAAGAAUCUUAAAUGAUGUUGCAGCUCGUUUGUGAUGUUCUAUGUAUUUCAUAUAGAUAUUUAGUGAAACUGAAAUUAUGUAGAUUAUUGCAUUUUCUUCUUCAAGCUUAGGCAGUAAUUUCCCAUAAUGUCCUUGAACAAGUGCCAGGAAGUAGAGUGAACUCAUUCUCUGUGACUUUGGUUUUUAUAUUAAUGUGAAGAGGGUUAGCAUAUUACUAUACUAGUGUAGUAAGUAAAAGAGAGCAACAGAGAAAAAAGUACAUCUAGUCCUUGUAAUUAGUGCGUAGUGUGCUGUGGCUGCUUUGCACUGAUGUUUGUUAAGACCUCAGGAAGUAGAGAAUCUGAUACAGUGUCUUUGCGGAUGGAUGGAUGGAUGGAUGGAUGGAUGGAUGGAUGGAUGGAUGGAUGGAUGGAUGGAUGGAUGGAUGGAUGGAUGGAUGGAUGGAUGGAUGGACAUCAUUUUUGCCCUUCCUUAUUGUUGAGUCAUGAACACUGACCUUAACUGAGGCAAGGGAGGCCUGCAGUUCUUUAGAUGUUGUCCUGGGUUCCUUUGAGAUCUCCUGGAUUAGUUGUCGCUGUGCUCUUGGGGUAAUGUUGGCCGGCCAACCACUCCUGGGAAGAUUCACCACUAUUCUAUGUUUUCUCCAUUUGUGGAUAAUGUCUCUCACCCUGGUUUCUCUGGAGUCCUAAAGCUUUAGAAAUGGCUUCGUAACCCUUUCCAGACUGAUAAACGUCAAUUACUUUAUUUCUCGUCUGUUAUUGAAUUUCUUUGGAUAGCAGCAUUUUGUUGCAGCUUUUUGAGAUCUUUUGACUAACUUCAUUUUGUCAGACAGGUUCUAUUUAAGUGAUUUCUCGAUUGAACAGGUCUGGAGGUAAUCAGGCUUGGGUGUGGUCAGUGAAAUUGAACUCGCUUUCCAACAAAUGUCACUAACCACAGUUAAUUCAUGAUUUGAUAAGGAGGGUAAUUACUUUUUCACAUAGGGCCAGGUAGGUUUGAUAGCUUUUUCCCUUAAAAUAUUAAAUCUUCACUCAAAAACUGCAUUUUGUGUUUACUUUGGAUAUCUUUGUCUAAUAUUUAAAUUUGUUUGAUGGUCUUAAACAAUAAAGUUUGGGAAAUACUCAAAAAUAUAAGAAUUGAGAAGGAGAUAGAUAGAUAGAUAGAUAGAUAGAUAGAUAGAUAGAUAGAUAGAUAGAUAGAUAGAUAGAUAGAUAGACAGACAGACAGACAGACAGACAGACAGACAGACAGACAGACAGACAGACAGACAGACAGACAGACAGACAGACAGACAGACAGACAGACAGACAGAUAGAUAGAUCAAACUCAGAAACUGUGAGGUGACAGUGCUAACCACUUUUCCACCUGCACGUACCAUCAAAUAUUCUUCACACAAAUAAGAGCUGAGAAAACUCAUUUUUCGUAGCAACAAUGUGUCCUACAGCAGAACUGAAAGGCUGAGCCAAAGCUGUGCUGCAGUAAUUGCUCUUCUGAUCAAAAACUAGCUCUUCCCAUUUUGACUUUCUACCCAGUUUACAAAAGUGUAAUCAGUAUUGGAUUCAGUGGAGAUUAUGUGGGCUAAUUCAUUGCAUGGUUGACAUUCAUUAGCAUGGCUUCAUUAGUAUGUGUUUUAAUGGAGGAUUUUAGCUUUACAAAGUGGGACACUUGUUUCAGAGUUUCAUUAGUAUUAGUUUCUCUUGACGGUUUCAGUGCCCUGUAGCCUAAAUGCUGUUCCUGCCAACAAAACAAUCCCAAGGGGGAUAACAGAGGCGUACUGUGUGUAGAGAUUACCUCAGGUAGAGGAGGGAAAGGCAGAAGACGAAGAGGAAGCGGGGAAGGAGAAGACAGGUCGGCUUUCCCCUGAGACUGAGGGUUAGAUGGAGAGGCACGACCUGCCACGGCAAGAUAGCUGCUGACUGAUGUUUGGGGGGAUAGAAUUCAGAGUUUGCUGUCCUGCUCUGUUUACAAUUAGGCAUGACCUGUUUAAGGACAAGAGGACAGGCCGACCGUGACGCAGGAGGAAGACAGGUCUUCUGGGUAGAUGGAGCCUCAGUUUUCUGCACAGUUCAGAGUUUACUGCUGUGCUGUUAGUUCCUUCUGAUGCACUACUGAAAAAAAGCAAGUUUAGCUAAUUGAGUUUGAUAAACCUGAAAUGACAUCCCAGGGGGGAAAUUAGACUGGAGAAUAGGUUGAAGAUAAUAUGGAGAAGAAGAGGACUGGAGAUAAUACAGCUAAUUAAAACAAAUGACCUCUCACAAUCACACAGCAAAUAAUAUAAUAAAACAAUAAUAAAUAAUAUAUCAAAAUAUAUCAGCUUAAUUAGAUGUUUUAUCAGAUCUCUGUUGACUGUUAUGUUUUUUUUUAAUUCAUGUUUGAUCAAUAAACCAUUUUCAAGCAUAAAAGCAGUUGAGAGAAAAACAUGGCCUAGUUUUGAAUCAAGACUUAGAUUUUUUUUUUUUGACAGCUGAUCUCAUGUGGACGAGUAAAUAAAGACUGUUAUACUUCAGAAGCUAAGGUGGAAGCAGUGAGACUUUUACUGUUACGGCAAACCUUUUAAGGAUGAAGUUAGGUGGACAUGUGACUUUCCAAAGUGUCAGACAGACCGACCGUGGUUUGCAUACUGCAUGCACCAGAGGUCAAUGUCAAGCUCUUUGUAACUUCAGUCUUUCCUGAAGCUUAACUAAGUAUAAUUAGCUGUCUAACCUUAAAGUCUCUCUCAGGCCAUUGAUUAAACCCUUGAAAGCUCAUCUCUGUGAGAAAGGCAAUAAAGACAAAUAAUUUACAGGCUUUCUCCAACUCAUGGUUACCAGGUGAGUAGUUACUGGAGCCUCCAAAAGUGUUUUAGUGGUCAGAUUCUCAUUUUUUUAGAAGUGAUUAGCUCUUUAACUAGACUUACAAGUUAGAAUAUUUUACAGCUGCCAGGAUUAAUGUCUAUAUUACUGAAUAGUCUCGUUUGCAGUUGCGUAAAAUAGAAAAGCUACAAAUCUUCUCACUGGAAAUGGUUAUUGGUUUUGCUUCAAGAGAAACAAAUUAUUAUUCAAUCACUGAUAGAUUUUUCAUAAUAGUAGCUGUGUACAUUUUCAGUCCUGGCCGAUUUGGAGACACUUGUGAUUACAGGUGGUUUAUGACAUCCCAGAUCACUGGGGACAGAAGAUGCACUUUGAACAGCUGUUGUAGCAGAGCAAAGGAGACGAGCAGCUUGUAUCUGUGUUUUCAUCACAAAUUUGAUGUUUUUCUUAUAAAUAGUAAUAUAUUCAAGUUGACAUAUGCACACCAUUUGAAUCCAGUGCAGGGCUGGCAGAUUUCCUUUCUGACUUAAUGAACUCUUGUAAAUAGUGCAUGUAAAGACAAUUUACUGAAUCAAAAAUGUGGUUUAGUAUGAUGACAGCUGGGCUGCACAGUGGCUUGGUGGUUAGCACUUUUGCCUUGCAGCUAGAAGAUCCUCAGUUCAUGCCCCCGCCUUCCUGGGAUUUUUCUGCAUGGAGUUUACAUGUUCUCCCUGUGCAUGCGUAGGCUUUUUCCGGCUUCCUCCUACAAUCCAAAAACAUGCUGAGCUUAAUUGAUAAUUCUAAAUUGUCUGUUUGUGUGAGUGUGAGUGUGAUUGUUUGUCUCUAUAUGUAGUCCUGUGAUAGACUGGUGACCUGUCCAGGUGUCCCCUUCCUUCACCCUACAUCAGCUGGGAUAGACUCCAGUCCCCCGCGACCCUCAUGAGGAUUAACCAGUGUAGAGAUAAUGGAUAAUGGGUGGAUCAAUGAUGACAACCUUUAUUACAUUGAUUAUAACUUUGCCCAUAAAAAUGGCAGAAAGUGUUUAGAGAAGUUUUGGUUUUGGAAGUCUAACACCUAAGACAAUUAAUGCAUUUUCUUUAGUCCAUCAAAAACUGUUUCAAUAAAAUAAGUCUGUAUUGCCAGAAUAAGAAAAAAAUUGUUCAUAUGUGUUGUCAUUCCUCGCAUUUUUUUCUUACAAACCUAUACAAAAAUGUGCUUUAAAUACUGUACAUAGUCCAUGUAUAGGUACAGGUAUAUCCUAUCCUUAAAAGUUUCAUCCUUGUAUCAAUUUUUUAUGUUUUUCAUUAUUAUUAUUAUUUCUUAGGUCCUUACUGUAACCAGAAAGUCAUGAAUGUUACAUUAGAUUGUCCAUAAAAAGGGGAGUGAAAUCUAUUCUCCAAGGAGAAAAUGGCUAAAAGCAGACACCGAGUGGUGAUGUGAAAAGCAACAUGACAGAGUUCAGUCAGAUCAAUCAGAGCCUUCUUCCAUUAAUCCUGUUCAGUCCUUCAUCAGUCUGAGGCACACUCACAGAGUCCACCCACUUUAAUCAUUCAUGUUAAAUUGAAACCAAGUAAAAAAUUGAUGAGCAGCUCCACCUUGUGUGUGUGUGUGUGUUCAGGAGAAAGAGGGAGAUGUUUUUUCAGACCUCAGACCUGAUUGGCCUCUCUCUCUUUUACUAAAACACUCACACACACACUCCAGGACACACGCGUGUUUCUUAAUGCAGCCAAGUGAGAGCUCUAAUUUAAUACAUCAGUGAUAAUGACCCAGUCUGGCCUGAAGAUUAGUGUGUUUAUGUGUUCAAGUGAGCAUGUUUUAGGUCACUCAUCUUCUCAGCCCAGAGCUCAUCUCUCAUAGCAGCUCCCUCUGAUGCAGCUUUGCUCUAAUCUGUCGCACAGAAUUUUGUUUUUUAGAGAAGAAACAGGCAAAACAUAAACAUAUAGAAAGGAUAAAACUGCAAAAGUCAAAUUACUGUUAAUUAUCGUGAUAAUUAGAGGGCAAAAGACUGUUAACCCCUUGACGCCUGUUGUCGCAAAUUCGCAACAUACCACUUUCUUUCAGACUGCAGCUGAGACAGUGUAUCCAUUUCCCCAAUGCCAGUUUGUGCAUAUUCAAUACGUACCUCGGAAUAAUAAAUAAUAAUAAUUAUUAUUAUAUAUCUCUUUUUAUUAUUAUAUAUCUGUUCUAUGUGUAAUAUACAAAUUAACAAUCUCCACUUAUUUUAGCAUCAGCUUGAAAGCAAAAACGCGCAAGUUUUUUUAUUUGAUUGUAAAUAAAUUCACGCGAGGAGGGGGUAAUAGCGCAAAUAUUCUGUUGUAAUAUGUUCUAUACUAAAUUGUCAUUGUGGACAGGUCAUCAGUUGACAAUUUUUCUUCAUAACUUUGUCAAGGAACAAUGGAGUUAUGUCACGAUUGACAUACGUUUGUCAGUUUGUCUGUCUGUUAGCAAUAUUACUCAAAAAUAGACUAACGGAUUUGGAUGAAAUUUUCAGGGAAGGUCAGAAAUGACACAAGGACCAAGUGAUUCGAUUUUGACAGUGAUGUGACUUAUAGUCUGGAUCCACAAAUUUGUUAAAGAUUUCUGUAUCAUUGUGAGAUAAAGGCAUGGCGUCACUGUAACUAUGACAACAAGUGAACACUACAUCAGCUGCCUGCUGACGAUCACAUGAUUGUGAUCCUACUACUAAUCCACUGCUGUGGACUUAUUGAGACUUCGGGACUUGUCCAUCGGAAAUGAUACAAGGAACAAUUGACUAAAUUGUGGGGGUGUCUCCGAGUCCCAUCAAUUCCCGCCACCCGCUGCAUAUUUAGGUUGCUUGAUUUGAUAUCCGUACAUAACGUACACAUGCAUAACACACACCUGUGCUCAGCGCAAGGUCAUUUUGUUUGUGGGUACAUCUAUAUUAAAUGGACACAUUCUAUAUUGAUUUCUGCCAUGAAAUUUUUCAAGAUUUCAUCCAUCGGAAAUGAUACAAUGACUGAGCAGCCUUGGCAGAGUACUGCAAUCUCUGAGUGCUUUUCUUGUUCUACUUUCUGUAAGCUGAAACAAAUCCUAAGCUGUCCUCAGUACUAGAGGUCACCAAUGAACUUUAAACGGUUUUAAGUGUUAUCCCUUUUCUGGAAUUAAGCAAAAUAAAUGUAUAAAAAUCUGCUAGAUUAUUCUAUCGAAGGCUCUAUCUUUAGGCUCUAACAUACUUUACUGGACUUCACACAGCAGAACAUACACAGGACUCAGUCAGAAAUGCUCAUGUGGAAAUUUCAUGUACGGACAGUGUGUCUAGUUUUUUUUAAAUAUUUUUUUCUUCCAUCUUUGAUCUAUUUGAUCUUAGUGCACUUUUUUAUCAACUCAAGAUAAGCUUACUUGUUUUUUCUGCAGCUUUCAAUGACUUCACACAGCCCUCCUCAGCAGAUUGAGUUUGUUAAGUUACAAUGCAACUGUUGGUAGCUGUUAUUCAUGUCAAGCUUCACAGUUCACGCAUUGGAAACAGUAGUUGAAAAAAUAAUUUUAAGUCAAGGUAAUUUGCUUUUUUGUGAAACAAUAUGACAUGGUCCUCAUCAGCAGACUCUAUUACAUGUAUCUCAGUUUGCUGAUGAGGACCAUGGGAUUUGGUUGAGAGCUCCAGCAUCUUGGCCUUGAAUUUCCUCACUUUCUGCUUACUUAACUCACUUUGGAAAUCAGUGGUAUAAUCCCACUCUUAGUUUCUUGCAUAUUAAGAUUUUUUUUUCCUGUCAAAAUCUCCCUGUUGUUAAGUCAGGGAAGAGAAGAAAAAGAUCUGAGUGUGUGUUAACCCAUUUACAAGGCUCCGUCUCAGUGACAGAAGUGGGUUACCCUCAGCUAAGAACAAAGCAAAUACUUUGGCACUUUGAUUGGUGAUGCCAAAGCCAAACCAAGUUAAUUACAACCUCACGCUGGCACUCAAACCAGAGGCACAGAGCUGCCUGAGAGGGCAGUAAGAACUGAUUUUGCCAAUUACUAGUACCGCAUCAUGAAAACUAUAAUCAUAGUCACAUCAUAAUUCAUCAUUAUUCCUGAUUAAGAUAGAAGAUGUCUAUGAAAAAUGACUUCGCAGUGAAAAAAUCUGCGUUCAUAUGGAGCCAAAAACUGUAAUCGAGGUGUUAGGAACUGUGUCAGAAGUAAUUAUGCUUUCAUUAAACUCUAGAUACGUGACCAAGUGAGUGAAUGUGUGGUUGGACAUGGUUGUAUAGAUACAAAAUAUGUAGGGACAUCAGAUGAUUGACAGUGGAUGUACCUCUGGAGAACAGAGCUUCAAGACUCACCGAACAAAUAUUCAUAAAGAAAACGUGGUGUUAGUGCAGUUACAAUGUAGAGUUUAAUGCCUCAGGCGCUGGCGACAGCUGAAUCCAGAGGUAUUGUGUUGUCAGGAUGUUCAUUCGUCUGUCCAUCCCAGUCUCAGGAACACAGUAUCUCAGGAACACCUUGAGGGAAUUUAUUAACAUUUGCUGUAAACACCCACUUGGACUCAAGGACGAUCUGAUUCAGUUUUUGAGAUCAAAGGUCACACACACACACACAUAUACACACACAUUCAUAUGCUAAUCGUGCAAAAAUUUUACACAAAUAUCGAAUAACAAAAACUGAUAAAGUGAUGAUUUCAUGCUCUGCAAAAAACAGCUUUCUGGCCAUUAAUCAUUGGUGUAACUCAGGAACAGAAGGUGAGAUUGUGACCAUGUUGUGACACAUUUCUUUAGUGACCUUGAAAGUGUGGCGAGUGUGUAGAUCUUCUGUACUGCCUGGUUGCAAGCAUAAAUGCAUGUAGUAGUUUUGACUAUUAGUCAAAGUUCACCAUUGUCUGAGUUUUUCUGGACUCUCUUGCUGUUGUCUUGAGACAUCACUUGUUCCAACACACAGACUAAACUAUAAUUAUUCUGUAGGAUUAACAUGAAAUUUCCUCUUUGGGCAUACUUUCUCAUUUCUUUGGUGUUGCAGAAGAUUGCGUUAUCAUUACAGUGGAUUCAUUCUGGCCACCAGCUGCUGGUACAUGAGUGGGAGUGAGAGGUCGCUGGUUUAGUUCUGUUCACUCCUUUGUUUUGUUUCCAGUAAAUGUCUCUUCAUUGCUCUGUUUGCCCUCUUCCUCUCUUUCCUGGUUAUUCUACAGGGUGCAGAACUGAUUACAUGUCAAUGUGAUUAGAUGACGUAUAACAAGGGUUGUGGGGGAUUACAUGUUGGAAUACACAUUAAAAAUAACCUUUCCUGCUCUGCAUGCCUUUCUGCCUCACUUCUAAUCUGGCAGUUGUCUGAAUAAUGCUGUUAAUACACAGCAGUUCCUGAAGAAAAAAUCUUCAUUCAGUGUUAAUGAAUGAUAAUUAUUACAGAUGGAGCCCUUCAGGCAUGUUUGUAAUUAAAGGACGACACAUACACACUGUCAGCAUUACAGCAGCAUCUGGAACUAAACUAACAGGCUGCAGGAGUUCUCUGGAGUGGCAGUCUGUUCACAUUUAGUUUUGCCUGAUUACACCUUUGCUUUGUUUGCUGUUGUAUUUUUGUUGUUGUUUUUUAGAAAAUUACCUGUCUUAAUCUGUGGUCUCGAUACAUAUUUUAGCGCAGCUGUGCAGAGGCUUUCAAACUGCGGGGUGUAAGCUACUUUUUGGAGUCAUAACUCCAUCAAGGCUGAACACAUAGACAAGCACACACAUUUUGGAUUCAAUGUGACUUCAGGAUAAUAUUAUCAUCAUGAAUAAACAACUACAAAUAACCUUAAAUAUCCAAGGAACAAAAGGCACCUUUGUAAGAAUCUUCACAAUAUCAGAGUAACAAUCAGUGAUUGUUGCCCGUACAUCCAUGGAUAUAGUGUUACCAAGAAUUGUUUAUGGCUCACUCGUCUAGUUUUAAUGUUCUAAUUUGUGAAAAUUUAAGCGCAUACAGGAAGAGGAAAGGGCAGUGGUCUCCAGUAGUAGCCAAUAGCUAACUUACUGUCUGCAUGGCAACAAUAAUCCUAGGUUGGGGUCAGGCAGUGGAUUUUGUCUGAAGGAGGAUACAGUGUUGGACACUCCUUCUCUAGUACAUACUACUACAAAGUGAACGUUGUGCUAAAGCGGACAGUUAGUAUAUAAAAGCUUAAUGUGUUUUACUGUGUGUGCUGGAAAGUUGUGAUUCAUAUAAGUGACUUUGAAAGGCUACAUCCAUUUUUAAAAUAUGCUUCAUUUUUCAGAUUUGCUGCACUCACAUCAUUGUUAGCGCUGGUAUUGGUAGCGAACAGGGACACGGCACCAUUUUAGUGGUUUAAGCAGCCGAGCUGCAGCGCAUGGUGUUACCUCUCUAAUUUUAAUGCUUCAGCAGAUAAGAAAAAAAUCACCUGCUUUAUACCAUCUAAAUCACAUUGGGGGCUGCAGCACACUCUGUCCUAUCUCCUUUAACUGGUAGGAUGCAGAUGAACUGUUAGCCCAAAUGGGAUUCUCAGUUAAGGGAUGGUAAAUCUCAGCACAAGGAGUGACAAAUCAGGCAAAGCAUUUCUUAAACAGCAGUGAAUAAGCCACCUGUCAGGAGGAAGCAGGACUCACUAACAUCAAAUCUUUCAAUUCGUUGGUAAUGAAAAAGCAUUAUCUCUACAGAGAAGUGGCAGCACCUUUAUUUAGGAUUCUAACCACUCAGAGAGAAAGAAUGGUGUUCACAGAGCGCUGUGAAGCUGCAGUUGUUCUUUUCAUGUGCACUGCCUGGUAGCACCUUGAAAGUUUAAGACACAGACUGCCAAGCUUGACCAACUGCAUUGUCGUUGAGUUACUGUUAAAAUGUUGAUCAAUUAGCAAUCGUUGUUUAAAGUGUAGGGCUAAGUAGCACUAAGAGCAGGCUAAUUGUUCACACGGAACAGAGCAUUAGAUUGUGAUUACAGUGAAAGGAAUCAAAAUGGUGAAACAAUGACUGGUUGACUAGUUACCACAUCACUGAAGUGGUAGUAAAAGCUGAGGUCGACCCAGGUUUGACAGGUGGUCUGUCACACCUGUCACCCUAUGGCAAACACUGGUGUGUAUGGCAAGUCCUUGUAACAUUUCAUAGCUGAGUUAUACUAUCUGGAUUUAAGAUUGUAUCAACAUAUCAUCAGCGUCAUUUUGAAAAAGUUGUAAUUAAAAUAUGAUUAAUCAGAAUUUGUAUUCAAGAUAUCAUUAACAUCAUUAGGACCAAUCUAAGCAUCAUUUAGAGAUGACUGUAAUUCAGUAUGAGCUUUUUAAAAUAAUACAGAUUUCUUAAAAGUCAUUCUGACUAGUGCAUAUUGUUGUACAUGGCGCUACUUGUGCAAGGUUUUCCCUUGGAUGACGGGUCUUGCAAAGCAAUUGAGCAGUGUUAGCAGAAGUAAUGGCGGUGGUAGUUUACUAGAAGGAGACGUGACAUGACAAUAAAACAACUUGUAUGUCGUUAUGAAAAGCAAGCCACCUCCACUGCGCCGUAGCUUCUGGUAUAAUGACAGAUAUCUUCAGUGUUGUUUUGCUCUGUCAAAGCAUUAUUUCAGGAUAUCUUUGGUUACAAUGUAACUUGGUAGAAUUCUAUUUGAAGACAUCUACGAUACCAUUGUGACUAAUUCAGACUUAAGACAUCUAAUAAGGACCAUGUAGAUAUCUGGAAUGGAGGAGAAUUACUGACAUCCUUAAUUGGAAUGCUAAAAGACAAGUCAGAUGCAGAUAUCUGAAAAUGGAAUUAACACUGAUUAUAUUUCAUAUAUGGAUAACCGCAAUGUGAAUUGUAGGUAUCUGUGCUGAGAAACCUGUGAAUGAUAAAAAUGACAUUCUUUUGACCUGGAACACAGACAGUGUGGAUAUUUAAAAUGUUGUUUUAAGCCUAAAUGAGCUGAAUUAUAGAUAUCUACAACGCAUAUCCAGACUAGCCUUUAAAUGUUACGACAGCUUGUCACAAGUUUUGUAGCUUGUAGACAGUUACUUUUUACCAGUUGUUAGAACACUCUUCUAGAGAAGAUUUUAUCAUGUGAUCCACUAUUUUCCGAUGAUGAGCACACUGACAUCCAACACUGCGCUUACCUUCGGUAUAAACUAGAAGUUCAGUUGGAUGGAUUUUGUAUUUAAUAAAACAGUGACUUAGUAUUUUGGAAUAUGAACAAAAGUCUUGCUAUACAGCUGUUUAAUUUAGGGGACAAAAGUCAUUUUCUGUUUUAGAGAAUUUUCCCUCUCUGUCUCCCAGCAUUUCGUUCCAUCAUCAUCAAAUGAAGGCAAGAACAAAAAAGAAAACUUGUGCUACAACUUCAUGUAAAUCAUAUUAAUCCUACAUAGUUGGGUGUAAAUGAGAUAUCAAUCAUCUCUUGUGUUUUGGAUUUCAUUAAUAGUACAUUUCCAGCGUCCUCUUUUUCACUGUUACUUACUUUAGCCAGGACGAUCUGACCUCUGCUCACAGUGGGAAUACUGGCAUUUGAACGUAGUACAAUUGACAGCCUUUGAGAAAAUGCCAAAUUUGCAUUCGUUUCGAGUAUACCGGAGCCCUGAAAGCAAAGAGCUUUCGUGCUGGCUCAGGGACAGUCCAGCAGAGAAAUGGCCAUAAAUAGUGAUGAUAAACCACAUCUGUGUGUAAAUGAGCCAGCCAGAGACACCUGGGCUCAUUUCCAAACAGCAGGUUUCACCUUUUCAGCAGCAUGGGUUUCCAGAAGACACGUCGAGAGAAAACCUCCAAAACAUUAAACGUUUAGAACCGUACAUACAUUUUUCAGAGGACAUUGUAAAGUGUAUCGCACAAACAUCUCCCCUUCCUGUUGCCCUUCACAAAGGCCUUAUGGGGGUUACUGCAUUACAAAGUCCAUCCAUUAACUCCCCAUUACAGGUUCAAGUGGGAGGAAUAUGUGGCCUCAUUGUCUGUGGGAUCAAUAAGAAUGUUUUAUAGUUGGUGCAUUGUGACACUAUCGAUCCUGAGAUCACUCGAUGACCUUGGUGUACAGUCAGUGCACAUAAAUGACCUUGGUAGGCAGGCCUAAUAUUGAACAAGACUUAAGGUAUGUAAAUUAAGCAGCAGUUUUAUCACAGCAAUGAAUGAACAAUCAGGUUUAUUGACAGGCCUUAUGCUGUCCUCACAGUCUGGUUUCCACCAAUGACCCGGAAAGUAACCUUUUACAGCAUGGACCAGUUGAGAAAAACCUCAUUUUGAAUUUUUAAUUAAAUUUUGCUGACACAAAACACAAAGACACAAACUACAUCAAACCUAGACACAUUACAGUGUCGCAUAUAUCAGAACCAAACCGUGACAGGAACUCCAGUUUUGCAAUAAAUAGUGCUAAGAACCAAAUAGCAGCUGUCUUUACUGAGGACCAGUGCAUGGUUUUCGCAGCCCGGUGCACUGGUAGAUGCCGACUUUGAACGAAGCAGAUACACACCUGGUUCCAUUCCCACUAUACUACGCACAUACACAUGAGUCUGCUACCUUGCCAGAUUGCAUUGCCAGUCAUAUAGAACAAAGAGUUGUUGGUGAAAAGCAUGUACAAAUUUUGGGGCUUCCAAAGUCUGGCAGCAACUGCGACAAUCAGACAUCUUUUAAUGGUGAAUUAAAAAGGUGUGGAAAUCAAAGGAUUUCUUCUUGUCAUCUUGCUCUCUCAUAAUGAGCAUUUGCUUUGAACACCCUUUGUUUUCCUCGUAUAUAAGCAAUCUGUGUAGUCACAAGUUUCGGGCUGCUCGUGGAUCCUUGUAGAUGUUGGUAGAUGUUGAAAUCCACCAGACUUAAACCUCUGCCAACACAUGGAUGUAGAGAGCAUAAAUUUGCCUCAAAUAAUAAGAGCCUAAAUCUAUGGGAUAAACUGCCAAUUAUUUGCUUAGUGAAUCAAUUAGCAGCGUGAGAAUCAAAAAAUUGUGAAAUAUUCCAGUUGACCAAGUCUAUGGUAGCAUCUUCAAUGUGAUAAUUUGCAGGAAAUUUCUAAUGUGCUACAAAUGUUUGACUUGAUUCAUUAAACAUUCCCUGAUGGACUGAUUGUUUCAGUUAUAGUAAAAAUACAGUAUCUGCUUUUGUUUGCAGAUAUUUAUAUGGCAUGGCUUUUUUUUUUUUUUUUUUUUUUUAUUUAAUACUACCACUUACUGGUGCCAAAGUCAUAAAAUCAUCACAUUCCACAUGUUCUUUAGUGGUUUUAAUAGAUCCAUAUCUGAUUACCUGCCAGGUGGAAAGUCCACACACACACGCUGCAUCUACUGUACCAUUACAUUUACGUACGUGGCUUUACCUUGCACCUCUUUCCUGCAGCUAUUGAUUUGCAGUGUGAUGACUCCUGUGCCUGCAUGUUUUAAAGUUAAUGUACAUAUUUCUCUCUGUUCUCACAUAUCUUUGUCUGUCUCCUUGAAGUUAAUGCCACAUGCAUUACUUUGAUUCAUAAUAUUGGAUGACAUUUCCUCUGGCCUUUGGCUAAUGGGCUUUUGUCGAUCUCUUGAUUGGGGCAGUAAGUGGAAUACUUGUGUGUGCAAAGAGAAGCCAAGGUUACACUUUGAUGCUCCGUCUGAUUUCAGAGGACAGUAUUUUCUCUCCAUUCAGUGUGGUCAAGACAGUGUUCCUUUCAGAUAUGCAUACACUGUUCCAGGCUGCACUCGUAGCUGCCACCCUCCAUGAUGUGUCCUCUGUGUCUGGGAUGUGAAUCAGCAGCAUUUUUGUAACAAAGCAGAGACAAUUCAAUUAUCUGUAUCUUUAGAGGUAAAAUGAUCUGAAAUCUGAUACGUCU